AUGAAGGAGUUGACGAAGCAGAUAAAUGCUCUCCGGGACGAGCUGAGACGAGUCAGCAUAUCAGACGAUGCUGGUCAGUCUCUGUGCAGCUCGACUACCAAUAGUCUUAUCCGCGGCCCCGUCAACAAGGCAGCAGCACCCAGACGGCGCUCGGCGUUGCCGUCUUUUACCAACCUUCUUGGCAAGACAGAGUUGCCAAGUGUCUUCGCUACCGGACCAACAACUCCCCUUCUG